GUUCAAUUCUUUCUCAGUUUCGUUUGCAGCGUCAGGAAGCUGACCCAUACAGGUCCUCAACUACCAGCGCAUAGCAAGCAUGUUCGGUGAGGGUGCGACGUACGAUUCCAUCGAGGGCCAGUUUCGGUCCAUCCGUGCACUUGCAAAGAAAAUGCGGGAGGAAAUCGAAAAUGGCCAUCGCCCUGAAGCUCCCCUGCGAGGAAGCAAGGUGCGAAGCAAUGGAGGAAGCGGACAAUCUACUCCUCGUAAAUCUCGAGGACAAAACCCUGACGGAGACUUUUCGGGAACGUGCACGCCUACCAAGCGCGGAGCGAGAUCUACUGCUGGACCUUCAACGCCCACCGCUUCUUCUGCAAGAGCGAAGAAAGCACAAGGCGUCUUGACGGGCCGCGUGACUAAAGCGUCAAAUUCGAAUGGAAAGAGCACGCCAUCUGGAGCUAGUACUCCUACAAAGCGCCCCAAAAAGAACCAAACGGAGAUGUUAAAAGCGAUCAAGAAGGAAAACGUCCGGCCAGCUGAUAUCAUCGACCUUGACAUAAUGGACGACGACGAUGCAAUGUAUGAGGAUGACGACGAAGUCGGGAUUGCUUCUGCCACGGGGAGCAAUGCCCAGAGAACCCAAAGAACCCAAGCCAAUGACGGCGAUGAUGAUUAUUUUGAAGAUAUUGAUUCGUUUCCCAUCUGCGGCAUCACGGGUAGUGCUCUGCAACAUACUCCCACGUCAACGCCGACCAAGACCGCCAGCAGGAAAAGGCCUAAUAUCAGCAAACCAUCUACCAGCGCUGGCACCAGGACCGACAGUCCGAGCUUCAAAUUAAUCUCGAAUCCAUUCUCAACAUUUGCUCCGCACGGCAAUAACCACGAGGACGACGGAGAAGAUGACGACGAUGCUGCGUAUCAACUCUCCAUGUCGACAUCGACAUCCUUUAUUAUUCCUCCUGGCAGCUCUUCAUAUGCAGCUCACCGCCAGCAACCUGAUGCUGAUGCUGAUAUUGAUACCCAUAUGAACGCCUACUCUGAAGUCAUCACUCACACUGGCAACCACUACAAUCAUGAUCAUGAAGACGACGAGGACGACAACCCCGGCGUAACCACCAGCGCAACCUCCACGUCUACAUCCGCAUCCUCAUCGACCUAUUUCCCGUACAACUACGGCUACGGCGAGGACGAAGACGAGUACGUUCCCGCUACUGGUGGCCGUGGUGCACGGGGCAGCGGCUCCGGCUCCAUCUCUUCUUCUGCCUCUUCGGCGUCACAGCUCAUACAUGUGCCUCUUGCAUCGCGCUCCGGCUCGAACCGUGUCGGUCCUGCCGUGGGUACCUUUUUCGACGAAGACGAAAUUGAUAUCCAUCCUGGAAGUGGCACGAGGAUGUCUUCUGGAUAUUAUGACUAUGAUGACGAGGAUGUUCUUCCCAGCGGAGGCGUCGUGGCUGGGAUGGGACACGGUGCUGGAUUGGCAAUGGCAGGUUAUGGGUAUAUCGGAUAGCUUGAUUCUCUAAUUCUAUAAUUUUCUUUCUUUUUUCUUUUCACUUUCUUUUCGUUUUUUAUCUAACUUCCAUAUUAAAAAAGAUUUUCCAUACCACUUUCUUUGUACUUUUCUUCUUUAUCCUCAAGCGGUCAUUUAGUAUUAGUAUUAUUAUUUUCUCUUACGGUAUCUUUUCCGGGCCCU